GUCCAGUCCAUCCCACGUGGAAAGCAAACAGACAGCUGCAACGUCUUCCUGAGUCUUGUUUGAGCGCAACAUGGCCGCCACCAACGUUCCCAAGGUGAUGCGAGCAUGGCAAUACAGCUCGGUCGCGACGACCAUCGAGAACGCCAUCCAGCUGAAGGAGCUGUCGCUCCCGCUUCCGCCCAGCGGACUGGGCAAUGACAGCAUUCUGGUCAAGGUCUACGCCGCCUCGCUCAACCCAGCUGAUUACAAGUUUCCCGAGCUCCCGGGCUUCAUCGCCCGCCGCAUCAUUCCCGUGCCGGCGACGCCACUGUUGGACUUCUCUGGCACGGUUGCGGCCGUUGGAGCGCAGGUCAGCAAUUUCCGCGUUGGCCAGCGCGUUUUCGGCAGGGUGGCCCCAACCAGCUGGGGCGCGCUGGGCGAGUACAUGGCUGUGACCUCCAAGGACGCCAUGGUCGCCGAGCUGCCGGAGAGCGUGAGCUUCGAGGCCGGCAGCGGCCUCAGCGUGGCGGCGCAGACCUCAUACCAGUGCAUCGCCCCGUACGUCCAGUCCGGCGACAAGGUCUUUGUCAACGGCGGCAGCGGUGGCACCGGCGUCUUCGGUAUCCAGAUCGCCAAGGUCCUGGGCUGUCACGUCACCACCAGCUGCUCAGGCCGCAACGCCGACUUUUGCCGCAGCCUCGGCGCCGACGAGGUCAUCGACUAUACCAAGGACGACGUCUCGGCCGUCCUCCGCUCCAAGGGUCCGGUGUUUAGCCUCGUCUUCGACACCGUCGGCUCCUCACCCGCCGACCUCUACACCGCCGCCGACGCCUACCUGAAGCCCACCGGGCGCUUCAUGCAGAUUGGCGCCGCCAUGAGCCUCGCCGGCAUUCGGAGCGUGAUGGGCCGCCUCCUGGUCCCCUCCAUCUUGGGCGGCGGCGGGCGCAAGAUCAGCCUGCCGACGACCAAGGACACCCCGGGGGAGCUUGAUCUCCUGGUUCGCUGGGUCGCUGAGGGCAAGGUCAAGGUCCCUCUAGAUGAGGUUUUCCCUUUUGACAAGGCACCCGAUGCAUUCGCUAAGUUGAGGACGGGCCGCGCGAGAGGAAAGAUUGUUGUCAAGAUCGUUGAUUAGAGCCACUCAUGGCCUGCGAAACGGGGGCUAACGUACGUCCCAACUGACCCGCUCACCCUUUUGGAUCCUAAUAACCAUGCUAAAAGGACUUGA